AUGGCGGACUCGAAGACCAGCAGCGUGGGGGCCGAGGAAAUGUGUGACGACGACGAUAGGAUCCCGGAGUGCGACUACUGCGGCGACGACCAGGGUCUAUUUGAUAGGCCUCACCUGGUAGACGGUCGGUGCUUCAGUGUUAAGCUCGAUGAGACCAUCGAUGUUGAAAUGUGUGAGGGGACCACAGGGGCUCCUAAGGCCACGCCCGGGAGGAAGAAGCAGCUGUUCUCCCAAGACCACAUCGAGACGAAGAGGGUGCCUAUCGACGAUGACAACUUGGUCCCCACUUUCACCAUCGGCGCCGGCCUGCCCUCAGACCAGGAGCGGGCGCUCGUCCGCUUCCUCCGAGCAAACAAGGACGCAUUCGCAUGCAAGGCAUUUGAUUUGGUCGGCGUCCCAAGGGAGGUAAUUGAGCACCACCUGGCGGUGUGCCCCAACGCCCGUCUGGUGAAGCAGAAGAUCAAGAUGGCGGCCGAAGAUGUUGAGAACACAGCCUUCAUCUCAGCAUGUGGUGUGUACUGCUACACUUGCAUGCCCUUGAGGCUGAGGAGCACCGGCGCCACCUUCCAGCGGCUCAUGCACAUCGCGCUGGGGCCGCAACUGGGGAUAAACGCGGAGGCAUACAUCGACGACAUCAUGGUCAAAUCGCGCAAGGCAACGACCCUAAUCGAGGACCUAGAGGAAACGUUCGGCAACCUGCGCAGGGUAAACCUUAGGCUUAACCCCGAGAAGUGUGUUUUUGGGUCCCAUCUGGCAAGCUUCUCGGUUUCCUUGUCUCGCACCGAGGAAUAG